AUGGAAGAGAAUGCCGAACUUAAGAGCAGAAUCGAGGAGUUGGAGAAAAAUAGGACAGAUAGUAAUGCCGAGAAUGCUGAACUUAAAGCUAGAGUUGCAAAAUUAGAACAGGAUUUCGGGCAUGUGCGAGAAAGUGGCGAUAUUACUCUCGAAGAAGCUGUUGUUAUACCUGACUCUGUAAUAAACCAGUACAUCAAUGCCAAUUCCAAGACUCUGGAGAAUAUAGAGACAGAUGCUUUCUUGGACUCGGAAUAUAAGAAAAAGGUUGAAACCGUUAACAAUGUUAACGAAUCAGAAAAAUUAUCACAUGGGAUGAUAGCUAUUCCGCAGGAGCAAGCCCAGAAAGAUAUUACGAGUUCCAUUUGUAACGAUCAAUGCGAUAAAAUCGAUUGUGAUAUAAAAACCGUUAACAUUGUUAACGAUCAAGGUUCAGCGGAGCUGGCACAGCCAAAAUUAUCACAUAAUACAGAAAUCAUUAACAAUAUCUCGCAGGCGAAAGUACAGAAAAGUAUUACGAAUUCCACUGAAGAUUUAACCUUAGUAAGCGAAUUCGUACAAGGUUUGUUACAGGAAUUCUCCUCAUCCGACACACAACUUUGGGAAUCUAUAAAGUUCUCCAAUCUCACAACUGCAUCAGUAGGUCUCCAGAAGCUCGCCCAUUUAUUUCAUCAAGCAAACAAGGCUGUGGAACUUAGAUCUGAGAAUAAAAAUCUUACAGAUAAGUCUGCAAGAAACAGGGUUUAUAAUGAAAUGAGACCAUACCUUUCAGGCGUUUCUGAUGGGUAUUUACGUGUAAUGACUUGUAAAGCAAGAAAAAUCAAUAAGUUAUUUGGAUAUGAAUAUGAUCCUGUAACUUUGAAAAAGAUUAACGGGAUAGGAUGGAAUAUGGCUAAUCAGGUCACUUGUAGUGCUAAUAGCAUUUCAAGACUCACUAAUCCUCAAAUUCGAUAUAUCAUAGAUUAUGUGACUCCGAAAACCGUUAACAAUGUUAACGAUCAGGAAUCGAAAUCAACAAAGACCGAGGAUUCAUCUCAAGCAAGCGUACCAUCUGCAUCAAAUAAAUCUCGACCCCCAAUCUCUAUUUUACCUGAUAAUCCAGAAGAGAAGCGAAAAUUAGUUAUUAAUAAAGUGCUAGAGCAGUUCCCUUAUUUAUCUUCGAAGUAUAGCAAGACCGAAGGGACAACCCUAAAGGGUCCACCGGUAAAGAUAACACUUCGAGAUAUCCUUAAUGGAUCUGGAAUAAGUGGAGGUGUAUUCUCACUUUGUGUGUCGUCAUCAGGGUCAGAAUCAGAAUAA